GUAUAGAAUAUUUGUACGUAGUGAGAUUGUUAAAGGAGACAUUUUGCGCAUAAAGAAUGAUGUAAAUGUGCAGUGGGUCAUAGUAAAACUUAUAGAUGGCUGGCAGAAAGAGCGAGCAACUCAACCUACAGGCCACAAUGUUGGCCGAAAGGAUGAAGAAAAUACAAGAAAAGGCUUUAGAGAAACAAAAAGCAUUGGAAAGCAAAGAAAAGGAUCAUACACCUGAUAAUGAUGGGCAGUUCAUGGAUAAAUUUUUAAAAUCAAAAAGUUUAAGUAGUAGCGAAAAAAAUAACAGUGGAUUUCAAAAAAGAUCGUUGUUAAAGAAAGGGAAUGAACCAGCAAUUAAAAAGUCGCGGUUUGCGAAUAUGCUGCAACAAAUGAAGAGAACAAAUCCAAAACAAGCGAAUAACUCUUUGGUUGAUUCCGAAAUACAAUCAGUAACAGCAACUUGUUUCCAUGGUGAUGAUAGCAGCAGUAGUGAUGAUGAGACUGGUAAUACCAGUACAAAGAAAACUAAAAAAUCCACUUCUGUAAAUAAUAUUUCAAACCAGCAGAAAUCUGGUUCUAUAGUUUCGAAUACAGUGCAGAGUAGUGUUGCUGCACCAUCUGUAAAGAAACCUGCGGCCAUUAUAUCUCCAACUGUUGUAAAUCCAGUUGGAACAAUAGUUUCUACACCUGUUUCAAACACUAAUGUUAAAUCGACACCAGGUAAUACAAAAGCGAAACCUCGAAAGAAGCGGUGGGGUGAUAAAGUUGAUUUGACAGACAUCGCUCCUCCAGGUAUGGCAAGUAUACCUGGCAUGCAGAACCCAACACCAGUGGUGGUACAGCAGCCUGUAAGUCUAGGAUUGCCACAGAAUUACCGUCCUGUGGGGCUCGUGGGGGUAACAGAGCUAAGCACUGCCCAAAAGAAGCAAUUGGAAGAGCAGAGAGAGAUGCAAAACAUGUAUAACCUAGUAAUGGCAAGCCGCAAUGCUGCUGUACAAAACGCUGCUCCUGUUCAAGUUAAACAGCCCAAGAUUAAACAUGCGUAUGACAGUGAUGAAGAAAUAGAUGCCGAGCUUGGAACAUGGGAGCAUCAGUUGCGUAAAAAGGAAAUGGAAAAGACACAAGUUCUUGCUGAUAAGUUGACGGAAGAAGCUGAUGGAAAACACUUUAUUGGGGACUUUUUACCACCAGCAGAGCUAGAAAAGUUCAUGGAAACAUACAAAGCACUCAAGGAAGGCAGGACUCCUGAUUUCUCAGACUAUAAAGAGUUUAAGAUUCAAUGCGACAAUAUCGGGUUUAAAAUGCUGGCGAAAAUGGGCUGGGAAGAAGGCCAGGGACUUGGUAGUGAAGGGCAAGGUAUAACACAGCCUGUGAACAAAGGUCAGCAAUCUGUUAAUGGUCAAGGAGUUGGCAUUGAGAGACCUGAUGGUUUAAACCAAAAUGAUGAUGAUUUUUCAGCAUAUAGGAAACGGAUGAUGCUUGCUUACAGAUUCCGACCAAACCCUUUAAAUAACCCAAGGCGAUCUUACUAUUAAAACUUUUUAUUUUAUUUUGCUAUUUUGUCAGUAGAUUGCUUAAACACCAGGUAAGUAUGGAUAAUUGAAUCUAAGUUUGUACUGUGUACAAUUUAUAUCAUUACAUUUUUUCCUUAAAUAUUUAAUGUUGUUUCUGAACUUAUUGGAGCAUGCUGUAUUUUUAGCAAAACUGCCUAAUCGAACUAGUUUGUCAAGGCAAAUCUUCUAGUAUGGACUAUGGUGCCCUAAAGUUUCUCUAUUCUUGCUUGAGACGUUGGGUGUCUAUUCUAAUUAAUAUAAAUUCAGAUACUUUUGUUUUGAAGUGUACAAAACAAUGCAAUUUAAUGUUAAUAUAAAUAAUUCAAUUUGUAAUGAAAAGACAUUGAUAUAUUUGCUAUAACAUUCGAUCUAAUGUAUAUAUAUAUAUAUUAUUAAAUAUAUAUUGAAUUUUUUUUAAACUGUCUUAGCGUCAGUGCUUGUCAACCUUGUUUUAAGUAUAAACUAGUAGCAAAGAAAUAGUAACCUAAUUCUAACUGACUAGUAUUCCGGUAACAAUAUUAAUGGGCAUUUCGAAUACUGUAGUAGGGACCCAACCAUAUAGAAUGCUAACCUACUUUGAGGUCAUGAUCCCGGGGUUAAGAAGCACUGCAUUACAUUAUUUAAAUGCUAACCGAUGUUUUGUUUCAAAUGAACUUAAUUUUUGUUCGUUCCAUGCAUUAGA